AGAGGCCCACAUAUACAGAAAGUGAGAGCGUUGAAAUAAUAAGCUUGACAAUUCAGUCCGCAUAGCAGAAACAUAUAAAAUCGGCUACGCGUGUGAUUUUUAAGAUAGUAAGCAAUAUACAUCGCGAGUGUAAUCAAUUGGAGACUAAACCCAGUAUAUAUCUCUGUAAAUAGACAAAAGCACAUAUAAAUACAUAACACUCGAGAAGUACAAAAAAAUUUAUUGCAGACGUUAUAAUACAAUAUCUCAUUAGUUUAAAAUAUAUUCCAUUCCGUAAUUGAAAGUAUCCAAGAAAAGAAAUCUCUACAACAAAGCGAUUGCUCCACGGAGUUUGUAAUCAUCCCUAGCAUAUUUCCGAUAUCCGCCCCUACAGAAAGAAGGAAAAUCUCAAGAUCUGGUUACAUUGUCAAGUGACAAGUUGUCAACGUCUCUUCUUUCUCAUUCUCUUAGUUUCAUCGAUCCGUUUGAUUUUAAAAUGAAGUUAUUGCUACUGGUAACAGCUUUGUUUGCUGUCUGUAACAUUCUGUCAGAGACUCUGGUCGCUGCUGAAACCCGGUGUGAAGUGUGUAUAAAAGAAGUUGAACUAUUCCUUAAAACUGUACCUCCUGAAUCCAAGUCUAAUUUCAAUGAACUGAACAAACUCUUUAGAGAAUUCUGUAAAGGUUCCAAAAGCAAAAGAGAAAGAUUUUGUUAUUAUAUAGGAGCUUUAGAAACAUCAGCUACCAACAUUAUCAAUGAGAUGACUAAACCAUUGACCUAUAGUCUACCAGUUGAAAAAGUUUGUCAAAAACUGGAAAAGAUAGAUCGUCAGAUCUGUGAUUUGAAAUAUGAAAAAAUGAUUGACUUAGCAAAAACGAAUUUGAAGAAGCUGAAAGUUAAAGAUUUGAAGAAGAUAUUAUCACAAUGGGGAGAAGACGGAGCAUGCAAAGGAUGUGCUGAAAAAUCUGAUUUUAUCAAAGUCAUUGAAGAACUAAUGCCAACUUAUGCACCUGAAGCUUAUGCUGCUCGUCAGAAUGUAGAAUUAUGACACCUCAAACUGUAUAUAAUUUUGACAUUUACCACUUCUCUGUAUUUUGUGAAAACUUAACCAAACCAUGGUCAAACUGUGUUUCAACAUACACACAAACUUUAUAAAAUUUCCCAAAGUAAUCAGAUGUUUGAAAUGUGUGGGGGGAAAAGAAUAUUCAGUAGUUUAAAAUUCUCAUUCUAAUAUUCUUUUAUCAUUUCUUUGAAAUUACCUCUGAUUUCUUCAUAAAGCCUCUUGUAAGCAACUCAAGCUAGUUGAAGUCUUCAAUGUGAUGCUAUUUAUUGCUGCAACUAGCUUUAUUUUCUAUACAUUCACCCUCUCUCUUUGUUUCUCAUAUUUGACUAAAAACUCCAGAAUGAACUGAUAUAAUGUUUAUUGCAGCCUGUACUUCUAAGUUAUCUACAAUGUCAUAUCAUCUUUACUACAUUCAAACAAAAUUGGGAAAUUUCAACUGUGGCCUAUACUGUACAAAAAUCCACUAAAACAAAACUACAGAAAAUUUACUAAAACAAUUACAAAAAGAAUUUUUGUUGUUUUUUUUUUUUUGUCAUUGUGAAAAUAUUGUCCCUCCCUCUAAACAUUCGAACUGUGGUGAAAGAUCUAGUUUGUUUCAAAUUUAAUAUUUCUAAAAUAAAUAAUGUUUAUUUCCAUUUGA